CUCCGACUGGAGCGCACGGAGCGCAGUGCCAAAUUGCGCGCGGAGAGAGAGAGCGAGAGAGAGAGGGCGCGAGCGCACAUCGUCCGCACAUCGUCCUGAAGUCACAGUUCCGUAUGUACAGUUGUUGAGGAUGUGUUAAACACGGGCCAUGUGGACUUUACCGAAGCCCGGGUACCGCGACGGCGCGGAGAAGCAGAUCUCGGUGAACGUGGGCGGCGUGAGGCUCGCGCUGCGCGGCGACGUGCUGGACCGCUACCCGGAGAGUCGCCUCGCGGAGCUCGCGCGCUGCACCACGCGCAGUUUCGACGCGAUCUCCUCGCUGUGUGACGACUACGAACCCGCCAAAGGGGAGUUUUACUUCGACCGGGACCCGGACUCGUUCAAGUGCAUCGUGGAGGUGUACUAUUUCGGCGAGGUGCACAUGAAGAAGGGGAUUUGCCCUGUGUGCUUCAUGAAGGAGAUGGAGUUCUGGAGGAUCGACUCAAGCUGCCUGGACGAGUGCUGUAAGAGCAACGUGCGCGAGAAGGAGGAAGAGCUGGCGGAAAUAGCUGAUAAGGUCAAGGCUAUUCUGGACGACCUGGACAUAGAUGGAGGGCCUUUGGCGACCCGGUCCGAACGCAUCCGCAAGUUCCUCUGGAGGCUGAUGGAGAAACCGGAGUCAUCCUGGGUGGCACGCGCCAUCGCGGUGGCGUCUUUCCUGUUCGUGCUCGCGUCGUCUUUGGUGAUGUGCCUGGCGACGCUUCCAGAGCUGCAGGUGCAAGACACAGACGGCCACGUAACCGAACACCCGACUCUGGAUGCGAUUGAGACAGCGUGUGUGUGCUGGUUCACGAUGGAAUACGGGCUACGUUUCGCCUCAGCUCCUGAAAAGACACGCUUCGUCCUGUCCUUCCUUAACAUGGUGGACUUGGCGGCAAUUGCUCCUUUUUACAUCGUCCUGGCUCUGACCCAUCUUGGUGCCACCGCUGCGAUGGACCUCACGGAUGUCCAACGGGCCGUGCAGGCGUUGCGCGUGAUGCGUGUAGCACGCAUACUUAAGCUGGCGCGUCAUUCAUCUGGACUUCAGACUUUGACGUACGCGCUGCGGCGGAGCUUCGCUGAGCUCGGGCUCUUGUUAACCUACAUGGGUGUUGGAAUUUUUGUCUUCUCUGCGCUUGGAUACACCAUGGAGCACGGCCACCCGGAGACAAUGUUCCGCAGCAUCCCACACUCCUUCUGGUGGGCCAUUAUCACCAUGACGACGGUGGGCUACGGAGAUGUGUACCCGAAGACAGCACUGGGGAGGUGUAAUGCAGCUCUCAGCUUCCUGUGUGGCGUAGUAGCCAUCGCGCUGCCUGUCCACCCCAUCAUCAACAACUUUGUCGUCUACUACAACAAGCAGAAAGUGCUCGAGACUGCAGCCAGACACGAGCUCGAACUCAUGGAGCUUCACGGGACGCUUGGACAAGAAGUGGACAAACGAGCAAUGCUCAGGAUUUCAAGAAGUGACUCGCACAUUGCGAUGCUAACGGAUGAACGCAGGAUGGUGAAGAAGAGGAGUGUAUCAUAAAAAAAAACUACAGGAGAAAAAACAAAUCCCAAAAGUAGCAAGAAUAAUUUUUUUAAAGUGACUAAAUUUCAUCAUAAAGUUUUCAACAUGCUAUAUAUUGUAAGAAACUAAAACAAGUCAGUGUCUCCAAAUUGACUUUGGCUUUCAGCUGGACCCAAGAUGUGUGUCCGUAAAACCGAGAAUGCUACUAUACAUUUUACGAAAAACAGAACAAAGCUGGCAAUGAUGACGGAAACUUCAAAGCACUUUUGUAAGUGCUGGACAAGAGCGUCUGCCAAAUGCCUAAAUGUAAUGCGUUUUAAUGAAAAAAGAACCAUAGCAAGCAAAGUUAACAUCCCUGUGCACGUUUUACAUGACGCCAAAAAAUGUGAUAUAUGAAUGAUUUUGUGCAUGCUGUAACAAAAAGCCAUUUCAUAUUUUGCGAAAAAAUAAAACAUUGUCUAAAGUA